AUGACUACCUUCGUCUGCGCUGCUCCUCGGCCGAGGCCUUACUCGUUCAAUGGACAGCCAUGGGGCACUUCGCAAGAUGAUACUGCAAAGGUCCUCAAAUUUUGCAUCGAUGCAGCUCUGGGUGUUGAGUUUGCAAAAUUGGCCGGGACUUGGAGCUAUGAGCUGAAGACCAAGUGAGUACAAGCCGACCUCAGAGUAUGAUGGGCAGCAUGCCCGCAGCUGGUCAAGUCUUACGAAGAUCCGCACUUUACAAUCUCGAAAUCAUGUAGCGAACCCUUCACUCCGAUGUCUUCUAUGCCACUACUGGAGACCUUGCAGCGCAUUUUGACCGAGCUCAACGAGCAGCAGAAUUUCAGACUCAAGGGAUCUUUAGGAUGGGAUUUGGUGGGCCAACUGAACACUCUCGCCUACAAGUCCUUCGAGGUCGACAUGACCCAAGACGACAAGUACGCCAGCGCUAGAGAUCAGGCUAUCUUGAGUGGGGUUUCUGACGCAGUCAGAGAGAUCCAGGAUGCAUGGAAGACUGUAUGCUCCGCCUUAUCUUCCCGCAUGUGAGUGACUUCUUCGUCUUUGAGAUAUUUAUGCACUAAGCCACCUCUGUGUUUCGGCUAUGCAGCGAGGCAGCGGACCUGAAUCAGCUCUUUGAAUCUAGCUGCGAAGAUAUCGCAGCUCAUCUACAAGCGGUGAUGGAUUUCUAUUACAAAGGAUGA